AUGGUCGACAUUCUCGUAGUACAACGAUCCGGUCAAUCGUUGUUAGCAGUCGCAGAUUUGCUACAAUACAAUGCUCAGGUUCCGUUAGACAGCACAAUGCUAGCGUACACCGAGGCGGAGAAAGCACUGAAGGCUCUUACUGGCACAUUGUCUCCCGCGAAGUCGCCUAUGAAUACGCACGUCAUCGAGGAUUUGCAGCACUGGUUGACCGAGUUGAUCAAAUCCUUGACGAACACAAUGCACCGCGAGAAGCUUUGA